AUGUAGCAAGCAUAAAAAAUGAUUGAAAAUUAAGCCUUAGACUAAGAAAAUUAGGAUUUGAGUCACUAAAUAAAUAAAAUAUACACAAUAAAUAAAAAAGAAUAUCAUUAUGUAGGACCAUAAAAUGAAGAAAUAAGAAUAUUAUUAAAUAUUUUAGAUAUAUAUCAAGAAAAUGGCAAAAAGAAUGAAAAAAAUGAUUAAAGUGGAAAUCUAAAAAUAUGUAUUAGCAGAAGUAGAAAUGUAUUAGAGAAAAUUUUAUUUCAGUAUGAGAAAGAUUUCGAAAAUUUUUGUAGACCAUUUAAACUUUAAAUAGAGUUUCAUACUUAUGAUCUAAUAAUUAUUUUCUUUUAUAUAAUUAUAUGGAUAAUUGCUUUGUUACAAUCAUUGGUAUAAUGUUUAUUUUAAUUAAUAGAAUUUAAGUAACAAUGAUACUAUUAAAAGUAAUGAAUUUAGAUCAGAUAUUUCAUAAAAUCUACCUUAAUAUUUAUCCUUAUUAACAUUUUUUUCUCUACUGUAAUUAUUUUUCUUUAUUUUUAGAUUCCAAAAUAUCUAGAUGGUUAGUUUAUGGAUUAUAUUAUUUAUAUUAUUAAUUUUAAUUCCACUAUUAAUUUAAUUAACCUAUGACUAAUCUACUAAUUAUUAACUCAUAGGAUUUUGUAUUGUAAGUUAUCUUAUAUUUAUAAUAUCCUUAAUAAAUAAAGGAAUAACAACUUAUUUAACUAGGAUUUAUAAUGAGUUAAUUGCUGCAAUUUAUAAAUGUGGAUUUUGCUUAUUUGUUAUGUACUUAUUUCUUUUCUAAAUUAUUAUUACAAUUUUGAAUGAAUUUGACUAAAUUGAUACUUUAAUUGAAGAAAUAAUUAAUUUAACAGCUCCUUCAGUUUUUAUUAUAAUAUUUGCAUUUUCUAUUGUAAUAUAUUAAGAGUUGUGUAAAUUAAGUCCAAUUUAAAUAGAAAUGGAUCUUAAAUUAUUAGCAAACAUUAAAUAAUCAGAUUAAUUGAUCAGAAAUAGUAUUUUAUAAAUUGUAGAUGAACUUUUUGAUAAUACAAGAAGAAAAUUAAAUUUAUAAAAAACAGUUCCUAUAUUGAUUUUUGUUAGCUAUAGUAUUCUUGAAAUAUAUUGUUUUGUUUCAACAUUAUACGAAUUAAAUAAAGGAGAUUAAGAAUUAGCUCUAACUUUUUUUAGCUUUUUUUUAAUGAUACCAUUAUUUUUAUUUUUAAUCAGUCACAUGACAAAUUCAGGUUAUCACCCUCAAAAUUUAUAUUUAUAUGGCACUUUAUUUUAUGUAGUAUUUUUAGGCUUUAUUUGUCUAAUGUGUUUGAGUUAUCUUAAAGAUAUAGAUCAUUUUAAAUAAGUUUCAAAAAUAAUUGGAAUGUUUCCUUUAUUUAUAAAUUUAGCAUGGAGCAUGAUAGGAUAUUUUAAAUCAGAAAAAAAAGAUUAUUAAAUGUUUACUUAUGGAAUUGUGUUAAUUGGUUUUGCUUUUCCUUUAGGAUUUCUUAAUGUAUUAUCUGAUGUAGAUCAACUGAAUUAUUCUGCAUUAUAAAUCUUUUUUUGGAUAUUUAUUAGUUUAGGAUUGAUUCCUGUAAUUAUAAUUAUGAUUUAUCAUAUAUCAAUUAUUGUAUUAUAUCUAUAUGAUUCUAUCAAACUAUUUAAACUUUAAGAUUUUUCAACUGCUUUUAAAUGUAUUGAUUUGAAUAACUAUGCCUAAUUGUUCAAUUAAUUAAUUUUUACAAUUGGAUUUUAUGCUGUAUGUUAUUAUGUAUGGAAUGAACCACAAUCAAAUUAGUCUAAUAUUAAAAAAGGAGUGGUAAUUUUAUAAUUAUAUUUUAGUUGUAAGGCUUAUUAGUGAUUUUGAUAGCUUUAUUUGUUUUAAUAAACAAAGCUUUAAUUUUAGAUAAAAUUAAUGUUUUAACCUCUUAAGAAUCAGAAGAAUAUUUUAAUAGUUGUCUAAAUUAUAUCAUUUAUUUAAUUAUUUUUAUGUUUUUUAUUGUACUUCCUAUUGCUCUCACAAUUAGUAAUAAAACUUUGAGCUAUGCAUUAUUGAUUAAUGCUAUUUGCUUACCAUUUGUAGGAAUUUAUUAUUAUAAUUUGAUUAUGUUUAAGAAAUAUUUACUUUACGAAAAAUAUUAAAAAUUUAUAAUACCAUUGAUAAUUAUCUAAGCUUGGAUAUUUUUUAUUGGACCUUUUGGAGUUAUUGCACCUAUUUUAGCUAUUAAUUUUGAAAGUUAAACAAAAGAAUUUUCAAUUUUUGUGUAAAUCUUUACUACUUAUUUAAUAUUAAUUAUAAUAUUCUUUAUUAAUAUUAGAGCAAUCUUAAAAUCUCUUAUUUUGAAUAAAGAAGAAUAAGAAAUGAAAAAAAAAAAGAUUCUUAAAGAGAUAAUUCAAAAUUUAUUUUAGUAUGGAGUAUAUUCAGAUGAAGAAACAUGUUCAUUAAUUUAUUUUAAAUAUUUAAAUAUGUAAAAACAAAAUUUAUUAGAAAAUUUGAUUGAAGGAGAUCCAGUAAACAUUUCUGUUUAUAAUAAAGAUGAAUAAGAAAAUGACAGAUAAUUUUUUCAAAAAAAAUUAAUAUCUAAGUUAGAUUAUGAAAGUAUAUAAAUGGCUAAUUAAAAUUAAGUAAUAACUUCUUUAAGUUAUUGGGAUCGAUUUUUAUAUUUUGUAAAACAAAUUCUUUUUUGUUAAUGCGGUAAAUAUUAGUUAGAAUAAGAUAAAUUAAAAUAAAGAUAUUAUAUGAAUCUACUUAGAAUUAAAGCAGUUUAGAAAAGUUUAGAAAUAUCUUAAUCAGAGUUAAUUAAAGUAGAAACUGAUUAGUUUUUUAAAGCUAUUGUAAAUAGUUUAUAAAAUAAAGUAGAAGAAUUUUGGUUGAAAUUUCAUAAAUAUUUUGAAAAAGAUUUGAGUAUUGUUUUAGAUAUUUUAAAUUUAAAACGAAAUGAUUUUAUUUUAAGUAAAUUUUAAUCAUUUAGUUUGAAUUAGAACAAUGGUUUUACUUUAUCAGUUGAAGAUUUUGCAAUACUUAUUUUUAAUAGUUUAUGUUUAUAAGCACAAUCAAAAGAAUUUUAUCCAACACUUUAAAAAUAUGCUAAAAACCUUUAUCCUAAACUAAAAGUUCAUAAACCAGAUUUUAUUUAAACCACAAUUCAAACGAAGUUAAACCAUCCUUUUAACUAGAAAAUAAAAUAAAUCCCUUAUAGACUUGAAUUAAUAAAAGAUAAUGAAAUUGAAGAAAUUAAAGUUUAAUAAGAUAAUGCUAUUGAAUCUAUUGAUUAAAUUUCAUCUAAACUUAAAUUUUGGAAAUUUUGUUACAGUAUACAUAAAUGUAUUUGGAUCACUCCCAAAAAAUUCUUAGAACAAUUAAAAAACAAAUUGCUUAUCAGCAGUUUAUAACCAUAAAUUUUAAAUGAGACAAUUUAAUUUAAAGAUACUCCACAAUGGAAAUAAUUAGCUUAAGAAAUUAUUGAUAUUAUUGAAAUUCAAUCUAACAAAUUUGAUUAAGCCUUAAAAAAUUAAGAAUAAUAAGAAAUUAAAUUCUAUAUUUCAAUUCCCAAUAUUUUAUAAUUUUUAAUAAAAUUAUUUGAAAUGAUAGCUCUAUCAUUUUUGGCUUUUGAUGAAAAGGUUGGUUGGUUUGGAGAAAGUUAAUAUGAUUUUAAUCUUUAAAUAGUUGAAUAGUCUAACUCAACGGAUUAUAUAGCAUUGCUUAUAAUUGCUUUGAUUUUGAGCUUUUUGUAUAUAUUAUUAGGCUUUUCGGUAUCUUAAUAAAUAGAGAAUAACACUUAUGGUUUAGAUGAAAAUCAUCAAAUUGUAUCUUUCCCAUAAAUAAAAUACUUUAUUAAUAAGGCACUUCAAAUUAUAAGUGGUUAAUUUAUAUUUAUUAUGAAAAUUUAUAUAGAUGCUUUUAUUUGUGAUUAUUCUGAAUAUCCUUAUAUGUUAAUCAGAAAAAAAGAUUUACAAUGUUAUGAAGAUUUACAUUUUAUCGUUAUAUUACUUUCAAUUUUUGGAUGUAUCAUUUAUUAUCCAUUACAGGCUUAUCUAUUACCAAUAUUUCAAUAUAAUGAUUAUUCCUUAGAUUUAAAAUACAAAUCUAAUUAUGUCGUAAUAUUCACUUAAGCUAAAUUGCUGAUACUAGGUUUGAGCACUGUCUUUAGAAAUGUUUAAGAAUAAGCAUAUUAAUAUUAAAUGGCAUUUGUAAGUUUUUUACUUAUUUUGCUUUUUAUAUUUCAAUAUAAGACUUAACCUUGUUUUGUCAAAUGGUUUAAUAAAAUUGAUUAAUGUUUGCUUAGUAUUGUUUUUUCAGUAUUUUAUAAUUUUAUUUUAGAUUUAUUUUGGAGGAUUUAUCAUGAUGUAUUUUAAAAUAUUUUAUGUCGGAUGGAUAAUUAUUUUAGCAAUUUCUUUCCCAGCUGUUGGCUAUAUGUUUGUAGUUAUAGUACAGAAUUUUAAUAACAUACUAAGAAAAAAUAAUAAUAAUUUUAAUUAGAUUCACAAUCAAGAGAACUAAAACUGA